UGAGCUCACAUUCCUUGUCUUCCAGGCGGCCCUAAGCCCUUCUCUGAAGCAGGCCGCCCGGUGUAGACCAGCUGAUGGUGACUCACACACCCUUACUUCCUGGCCUUUCAGAGCCCAGGCCUGUGUUUGAAACUGUAGACACUUCCUGCUUUUGGAGUAGAAGCUCUUCUUCCAUGUGCCUGCAUGGAUCUGUAUGUUCUUUCAGAAAAGAAUGGCUGAUGUGUGCACCUGGUCUUUCUCCCCCAGGAUUUACCAGUGGCUACCAUGGGUUCUGUGAAUUCCCGAGGUCACAAGGCUAAAGCCCAGGUGGUGAUGAUGGGUCUCGACUCAGCAGGCAAGACCACACUCCUGUACAAACUGAAGGGCUACCAGUUGGUGGAGACCAUGCCCACCAUUGGCUUCAAUGUGGAGCCUCUUGAAGGCCCGGGGCAUGUGUCCCUGACUCUCUGGGAUGUCGGGGGGCAGACCCAGCUCAGGGACAGCUGGAAGGACUACCUGGAAGGCACGGACAUCCUCAUAUAUGUGCUAGAUAGCACAGAUGAAGCCCGAUUGCCUGAGGCAGUGGCUGAGCUCACAGAAGUCUUGGACAGCCCCAACAUGGCCCGCGUCCCUUUCUUGGUGCUGGCCAACAAGCAGGAGGCACCCGAUGCUCUGCCGCUGCUUGAGAUCAGAGACAAGCUGGACCUGGAGAGAUUCCAGGACCGCUGCUGGGAGCUCCGGGCCUGUAGUGCCCUUACCGGUGCGGGGCUGCCGGAGGCCCUGCAGAGUCUGGGGACCCUUCUGAAAUCCCACAGCCACUGUGUCUAUGGGUGAGCACGCUGGGCAGUGAGCACAGAGAGCAAGAAGUCUUGACUCAGAGCAGCUUAUCUCUGCUCAUACGAACUGGGAGAACCAGCUUGUCCUUGAGAAUUAUAAGCUCAGUUUAUCAAAUAAGAAAUCCUUCUAUGCUUGGACAGGAUUUUUUUUCCUUGGGACUUUGUUACUGGUGUCCAUUUGAAAAUCAACUGUUCUUUGAAUACUGAUAUUCUAAGGGGAAAAAAAUCAUACCUCAACACACUCAUUUAAUAACUCAUUACUGCCCUGGCUUAGUUGGGUGAGGGUCUUCCUGUGCACAAAAAGGUUGCCAGUUCGAUUCCUGGUCAGGGCACAUGCCCAGGUUGUGGGUUCAGUCCCCAG